AUGGGUAGAAGUGACAUCCUGUUGUCACCACCUAUUAGUGAUGAUGAUUCUGGUGAGAUUUCAUCUAAUCUUGGUUCGGAGUUCCAUGCGAUGGACCUUGUCAAUCCAAGCCUAAAGUUGAAGAUGAAAUUUUCUACUUUACAGCUGUUCAGAGAAGCUGUUAAGCAGUACAAUGUACAAAGGGCCAUGAAGCAAGGGUUCAUUGAGGAUUGUAGGCCUGUUAUUGGCCUGGAUGGGUGCUUUCUAAAGGGUCCCUACAAGGGAACACUACUAGCUGCAGUUGGCAGAGAUGCCAACAACAAUAUGUACCCUAUUGCAAUUUUCGUUGUGGAAGCUGAGAUAAAAGAGAGCUGGACUUGGUUCUUGGAGUGCCUAGUUUCAGACCUUGGGUCCCAUGCGAGGCAUGUUAGGCCUACUUUCAUUUCUGUUCGACAGAAGGGUCUUAUUCCAAGCUUUGAUGUUGUUAUACCUACGGCAGACCACCAGAUAUGUGUAAGGCAUCUAUAUGCCAAUUUUCGGGAUAAAGGGUUCAGGGGGGUGGCACUGAAGGAAUUAUUGUGGGCUGCAGCAUCGUCUUACACUGAUAUUGAGUUCAAACAUCACAUGGAAGAGAUUAAGAAGUUGAAUCAUGCGGCCUUCAAGUAUCUAGAGAAGAUUGAUCCCAGUGAAUGGUCAAGAUCAUGGUUCAGUGAAUAUCCAAAGUGCGACCUUCUUGUCAACAACAUCUCUGAGUGUUUCAACUCAUAUAUCCUCAAGGCUCAUGACAAGCCGAUUUUGACAAUGUUGGAGAUGAUUAGGAAGCAACUUCAAAGAAGGUACCAAGUAAAAAGAAAUGACAUUAAAACUUUGAAGGGCAAGUUGUGCCCUAGAAUUGUUGACAAGCUUGAGGUGAUUGGGGAAGAGGCAACAAACUGUCUUUCCCGUUAUGCUGGUGAUGACCUCUUUGAAGUAGAGCAGGGACGUAGAACGUAUGUUGUGGAUUUGGGAAAGAGGACAUGUGGGUGCAGGAAGUGGGAGAUGACUGGGAUCCCAUGUGCUCAUGCACAUUCUGCAAUUACCUUCCAUGGACACAAACCGGAGGAUUAUGUGGAUCACUGCUAUAGUAUUGAGAUGUACAAAAAGGCGUAUGCUCCUAUUAUAUAUCCAAUUCUGAGUGAGGAACAGUGGAUUCGGACCCACCACAGUGUUUUGGAACCGCCUAGAUUAUGA